GACUAGAUAGACUGUAUAGUCUCCAUGUUCAAAUGUAUCAGUUUUUAGGUUAUGAAUGUUAUAAUUUUAUAUAUUUUAUUUUAGUGGUUUCAAAUUACGAUUUAAAGUUGAAUUUUAGUAAUUUUUGUAUGUACAUCUGUACUUGAAUCACCAGCGAUCUGCAGUAUAAAAGUCCAGUAUUCUUCUAAACUAUAAAACAUUUAAAUGGAGAGAGAAAUAAAAACCUUUUUAAUUUCAGAUAACUUAUGUAGACGGGCAGGGAUUGCAGCUACUUGGCUGCCAAUUAAUCAGAUAUCAGUAUUUGCUUAUGAAAAGAGAAGUGUAUCCCAAAACGAUAUCCCAAGCCAUUUUGCAUCUAAUAAUCCUUCUUCGGUAUAUCAUUUAAGACAAAGCAUUGUACUGUUUCACUCUAUUCUUCGAAAACUUGUUAAUGAAUCCAAUGAAGUAUUUUUAACUUUACAAGGUUUAGCAGCAAAUAAGAGCCUUGAACAGAAAUUAGAUUUAUUAAAAUUCAGUCGUCAGUAUCGUUCAAUUAUCAGAGCAUGUUUGGAAAAUUUACAAGAUGAAAUAAUGAAGUCUAAAAUUGAUAAUAAAGAAGAACUGCAAAACUACAUAACAAUCUUUUAUUCAGUUGAAUGCAUUUGGCAUUUAUGUGAAAUUUUGUUCAUUGAUGUAAUACCUGGCAAUGUAGUUCUACCGUAUCUGUUAGAAUGGGUUCGUUUUCAUUUCCCGAAACAUGAAAGAAAUGCUGCAGUUAUGCUUGGAGGAGAUUUAGUUGGUCUUGAAUCAAACCCAGAUUUCUGGAAAACUGUGAUUGGUUCAUUACUGCAGGGAAGAGUUAAUGUGGUACGAGCUUUACUGAGACAACAUUCUGCAUCUGAUAGCAGUGCCUUUAAAUUGGUGGAUCAAGUUUUACGAGCUAUGCCGAUUUACAGUGUUGUUAGUGGUGUAUCCAUAAACGAAUUUAAUUUGCAAUGGCGACAAUGGACGGUCGAUGUACAAUCAAAAAUAGAUGCAAAACUCUUUGUUUCUGAAAGAUAUUUACAUUUAAUAAUGAGGCUUGUAGUGGGAGAUGAAAAUGCAUGGGCAGAAGUUCAAGAUAAUUGUGAAACUUGGUAUGAAUUUCUGGCUGGUUGGUUGUUCUAUUCAGAGCCGACAGUAAAAUCAUUUGAACUGGGACUGUUCGCCAAGCGCAGUAUAACAAAAAUGCAAAUGAAAAAUCAUUUAAAACAUUUAGAUAGAGUUCUUCUAGCUGCGAUGGAAUUCGAUAUGUUUCAAGUUAUAAAGGAAAUUCAGUAUAUGACUGAAAAUGGAUGGUUUGUCAGUCAUUUUACAGAUCUGUUAUAUCAUUCAGGGCGAUUGUCAACUUUAGAGAAAGAAGUAAAUAAUUUCUCUGCAGAAAAAUUACGUGAAUCUUUCAUACUAGACUAUGGUGUUACUCUAAUGGGGCACAAAUCCUUAUGGCAAGUUGGGCUUAGCUAUUUGGAUUACUGCCCAAAUGACGGAAAUGUUGCUAUAGAAUUAUUAUUACCCAGAAUCUAUAUAGACAAUGAGGCCAAAGCACAAAAAAUUGUUUACGAGGCCAAAAAUAGGGAACUUCAUCACAUAGUUCAAAGUAUAUGUAAAGCACAAGGAAUGAUUUCCAUGAAACGAGGUAGAUUAGGGAAUGCACUUACUUGGGCUUUAAAAUCACAAGAUGGACCCUUCACUUCAUUUUUGGCAGAUAAGUUCUUACAGAAAUAUAUUUCAAGUGGUAAACUAGUGAGUACGGACUUCUUGGAUAAUUUGGGCUCCUGUAUGUUGGCUAGUGAUCGAUUAAUAUUUUUAGGAAAGUAUUACGAGUUUCAUAAAUUAUAUCAAGCUGAAGCAUACAGAGAAGCUGCCAACUUAUUAAUAUCUUUAUUAGCUUCAAAAAUAAUUCCAAAAUAG